UUGCUAGAGUGACAGAAAUAAUUGGGAAACUGCAAGAAGAUGGACGCCAAGCUUUUGCUCCUGUUUGUGUCGUCUGCUGUACUUGCCUUGUCGUCGGGUGUCAGCGUUCUCUCAACAAAAGCUCCUGAGGUCGUCACCUCUGACACAAACGUCGUCACCCCUGCAUAUUAUGAUGGAAUCGACCUGAACACUUUGUCGGAAGAUGAACUUAACGCCCUCGUUGACGCAAAAGACGAAAUAUUGGAAGGAGAGCUAGAUAUCACGGGCUACCUCAAUGCCGUUGCCAACAAACCCCGCCUCUACAAGCGAUGGGUGCCCCUGGCGCGUGCUGCCUUCAGCGUAGGACGUUCUCUGUUCCGCAGCUUCUCACGGGGUCGAGUCUCACGGAGCGGGUCCAGACUCACCCGCCAGUACAAUCGUCAAGGGAACUAUGGUGAUGCUGUUCGGGACUUCAACCGACUUAACCCUAACGGUGCUCGUCCCAUCUCUGGAAACAACAACCUGCAGGGCAUCACAGGGACCAUGGGCCGACACCGUGUUACUGUGCGCAACACCAGCAGCAAUGGAAGACCCACUCUGGAAAUCCGCUCCCCCAACUCAAACGGCGGCUCUACCGUCCGGAAGUUCAGAUACAACGAAUAAAUAUAUGGUCGAGUUGGCAUUUACUAAUUCUUUUGCUAAUUUAGGUUCGAAAGCUUUAAGUUUCGAAAAAUUACCUUAUUCUGAAGAGACCUCUAUUUUUUAUAUAUUAUUGUUAAUUACAACUGUAAAGGAAACUUUUAAACUGAAACCAUCAACGGUUCACUAUCAGUUUUCUAUCCACAUGGCAUUGUAAAUGAAAACUAUUGUUAGGUUGGACGAAUAUUACAUAUCUUACGUUCAUGUGUCAUAUGUAAGAGAGGGUUGAAUGAACGGGUGACUGGGCUGUAACGAGUUCUUACAUCAGUGUACAUGUGUGUUUUUUCCUAGUAAAAAAUGAAUGACC